AUGACCCAGAGUAGAGGUACUCAGUGGUUGCGUUCUGUGCUGCUGUGCUGUGAUCAUGGCAUUACACUAAUCCAGGCUUCAUCCGUCAACCCCCGCUUCAUUGGCUGUGCUGCGGAGUUUACUUUCCGGGCCAGGAAACCAGGCUGUGGUGGGCUGCACAUCACCACGGACACCUGCUGGGGGCGCUGUGAGACCUGGGAGAAGCCUGUCCUGGACCCUCCCUACAUAGAGUCCUACCAUCGUGUGUGUACCUACAACAAGACACACCUGGUGACGGUGCAGCUGCCUACCUGCUCAGCCAACAUGGACCCCAUGUACACCUACCCUGUAGUCUUGAGGUGUGACUGUGGAGCAGUUGUGGAAAAACCAGGGAAACGGAUCUGCCUCUGUGGAGACACCAUCUUGGGAAAUCAGACGCAGAUCAAGAGCUGA